AUGGCCGUCGCGGAGGGCGCCACACCCGCGCCGGCCGCGGCGUCCGCCACCCCGUCGGAAGUCGACGCGCUAGUAAUCGGCUCGGGCAUCUCCGGCUCGUCGCUGGCCUUUACGCUGUCGCAGGCCUCGCCCGCCACGUCGCUGCUGCUCACGGAGGCGCGCCCCGUCGUGGGCGGCAACGUCAUCUCGCGCAACGAGCGCGGCUACACGUGGGAGGAGGGCCCCAACACCUUCCAGCCGGCCCCGCACAUCAUCCGCAUGGCCGUCGACCUCGGCCUCAGGGACGACAUCGUCCUGGCUGACCACACCCUGCCCCGCUUCGUGUACUGGGAUCAGCGCCUGUUCGCCCUGCCGCUCUCGCCGAACGACAUCCCCACCUUCCGCCUGCUCUCGCUGCCCGGCGCCAUCCGCGCCGGCCUGGGCGCCGCGGGCUUUGUCAUGCCCCCGCCCAAGGGGAGGGAGGAGAGCAUCAAGGACUUUAUCACCCGCCACUUGGGCGCCGAGGUCUUCCAGAAGAUGAUCGACCCGUUCGUGUCCGGCGUGUACGCGGGCGACCCGAGCAAGCUCAGCAUGUCGGCCGCCUUCAAGAAGAUCUACGCCCUGCAGGAGCUAGGCAUGACGCAGGGCAUUGUGGAGGGCGCCAUCAUUCGCAUCCAGCAGAAGAAGAAGGAGGCCCCGCCGCCGGACCCCGAGCUGCCCACGUGGAAGGGCGGCGCGCUGGGCUCGUUCCGCAAGGGGCUGGGCAUGCUGCCGCAGGCCGUGGCGGAGCGGCUGGGCGACCGCGUCAAGUUGUCGUGGAAGCUGGUGUCGCUGGGCAAGGAGAGCGACGGGCGGUAUCGGGCGACGUACGAGACGCCCGAGGGGACGAAGACGGUGAUUGCGCGGAGCGUGGCGAUCACGGCGCCGGCGAACGCGACGGCUGGGAUCCUGGGGGACCUUGCGCCGGGCAUCAAGGCGAUCGAGGAGAUCAACUACCCGACGGUGUGGUCGAUCACGCUGGCGUACCCGAAGAACGAGUUCCGCGAGCCGCUGAGCGGGUUUGGAAACCUGAUCCCGCGCAGCAUGGGGAUCCGGACGCUCGGGACGAUCUGGUCGAGCUGCCUGUUCCCGGGGCGCGCGCCGGAGGGCAUGGAGCUGCUGCUGUCGUACAUCGGCGGCGCGCAGGACGCCGCGAUUAAGGAGCUGACGGAGGACGAGGUGGUGGCCACGGUGGACGCGGAUAUCAAGAAGAUUUUGAUGAAGGACGGGAGCGAGGUUAAGCCCGUGGUGGUCGGGGCGCGGAAGUGGGAUCGCGCGAUUCCGCAGUAUAAUAUCGGGUACUGGGAUAUCAUGGGCAAGGCUGAGGAGGCGGUCAAGGAGCACCCCGGCAUCUUCUUGGGCGGCAACUAUACGAGCGGCGUCGCGUUCGGGGAUUGCGUGCAAUGGGGCAUUGAUACGGCACCCAAGGUUGCAGAGUAUGUCGCCGCGCAGGCGGCGGUCUAA